AUGAAGCGCGGGCGAGACGACGCGCACGCGGGCGGCGCGGUGGCGAAACGACCGGGGACGGGGACGAAGGAUCAGAGCGAACAGGCGCGAAAGCAAGAGGCGCUGACGUACCUGAAGGAGCUCAAGGAGCGGUUGCGGGACAAGAAACACACGUAUGAUGAGUUUUUGGAGAUCAUGAAGGAGUUCAAGGCGCAGAGACUGGACACUGAGGGGGUGAUCAAGCGCGUGAAGACGAUCUUCGCGGGACACGUCGAUUUGAUUCUCGGAUUUAACCAGUUUUUGCCUCGAGGACACGAGAUUCGUCGCGAGGACAUGGAGCGAGAGGCUGAGGAGGCGCGCGCCCGGGCGCAGGGCGGGGGCAAGCCGCAGGUUGAAUUCGUGCAUGCGAUCUCGUACGUGAAUAAGAUCAAGUCGAGAUUCGCCAACGACGAACGCGUGUACAAGAAUUUCUUGGAGAUUUUGAACAUGUACAGGAAAAACUUGAAGACGAUCUCUCAGGUAUACGACGAGGUGGCGCAGCUGUUUCACGCGCAUCCGGAUCUUUUGGAGGAGUUUACCUACUUCUUACCGGACUCGACGCAACCAGCGGCGGGAAAGAAAGGGCGUGGUGCUCGAGGGGCGAUACGCGGACGACGUGGGGCGCCGCCGGAGACCCCGGAGGAGGCGGAGGCUCGUCGAGCCGCGGCGGCGCUCGCAAAGGAGCUCGCCUUCUUCGAAAAGGCCAAGGCAAGAUUGCGCAACCGCGACGCUUACAACGAGUUCAUCAAGAUCUUGAACAUCUUCAACCUCGGUAUUAUCUCAAAGAUGGAGAUGUCCACGCUCGCAUUCGAUAUUCUCGGCAAGUUCCCCGAGCUCCAGUCAGGUUUCAGCGACUUCGUGGCUCGCUGCGAAGCACUCGAUUUCGAUCCGUCCAUGGCCAAGAAGCCUCCAGAGAAGCUCUCGCCGAAGGAUUUGCAGUUGAUGAAGGUGGUGCAAGAGCGCGAAAAGUUUGUUUCGAAGCCCAUUUCGGAGUUGGAUCUCUCAAGCUGUGAGAGAUGCGGACCGUCUUACAGACUUUUGCCGAAGAACUUUCCGCCCGCACCUGCAUCCACGCGGUCGCAACUGUGCAAGGAUGUUCUCAACGACAACUGGGUGGCGGUGACUUCUGGUUCGGAAGAUUACUCAUUCAAAGCGAUGCGCAAGAACCAAUAUGAGGAGGCGUUGUUCCGCUGCGAGGAUGAUCGAUUCGAGAUCGACAUGGUUCUUGAGACAACGAGAUCUUGCAUAGACAGGUUGCAGCAGUACGAGGAGGAGCUCAAGGCGAUGCCAGAGGAAGCGCGCGAGAACGCCGUCAUGCCAGAGGGCUACCUCGGAGCGGUUAGCAUGCGUGCCAUCGUCCGGAUUUACGGUGAACGCGGCGAUGAAAUGGGAUAUCUUGUGAAGACUGCGCCUCAGGCGACCAUUCCGGUUGUCUUGAAGCGCCUCAAUCAAAAGAUGGAAGAGUGGCGCCAGCUCAAAUCGGAGAUGCUACCGAUUUGGGACGACGUGUACCUGAAGAACUACGCCAAGUCGCUCGAUCACCAAUCCUUCUACUUCAAGCAAAUGGAUAAGAAGAGCCUCUCUGCCAAGGGUAUGAGUCAAGAGAUCAAAGAAAUCAACGACAAGAAAAAGUCAUCUGACGACGUCAUCGGCAAGGGCAUGCCCCCCAUUGACGAGUCUCCCGAUCUCACAAUCGACUACUCCGACGCCCGCGUGCACGACGACGUUUACGCCGUAAUUAAGUUUAGCACUAACGAAAUGCUCAGCGUCGACCAAGGUGAGCGUGUUCUUCAGCUUUACCGCAACUUUGUCGAGUCGUUCUUCAACGUCAACCGCACACACGCAGAUGACUUCAAGGACAACGCCGCCGAGUCCGCAGCAAACUUUGUUCGAGGAACUGAAGAGGAGGACGUGAAGAAAGCUCAGGAGAAUAAAGCAAACGCUUCCGACGAUGAAGAGGAGGACGAGGACGAUAAGAUGCGAGUUUCUAGCGCACGCAAGGCACCCAAAACCGAACCAAAGGUGGAGGAAGAAGCGCCGACGACGAGGAGGGAAGAGGAAGAGGAUGAUACAGAAGAGAAAGAAUUCUCUCAGUGCAAACCCGUGAGUGGGAUCACCGAUGAUGCAGAGGUAACGGCCAACAGCACCGCACUGAAGAGCAUGAAGAGGAGCAUUUUUUACGCCAACGAUGUGAUUUAUCACAUGUUUAGACUUCACUCGCACUUGUACGAGCGUAUGUGGACGGCGAGAGAGAGUGCCGCCGCGAUGGCCAAGGCGAGCAAACCGGCUAGAAAGCAAGCCGAUAUUCACGGCGAGUUCCUCAAACUCCUUUUCCAUUUACUGAACGGCACCACAGAGUCAGGCAAGUUCGAGGAUGACUGUCGGACGCUGUUGGGUUCAAAGUCGUAUCUACUCUUCACAUUAGACAAGCUCAUUUACAAGGUCAUCAAGCAAGUGCAGCUCGUCAUUCAAGAGGAACCGAGCAGUAAGCUUCUGCACUUGCACGAUUAUGAAUUGGCUCGCGACGCCGCUUUCAACGAAGGGAUCUAUCGUGCGAACGCGUGUGUGCUGCUCCAGGAGGAUCCGUGUUACCGCCUGGCGUCUUCCAACGACGGCAAGAAGCUGUUCAUUCGACUCGUUGAGGUGGGUCCUGAGCGACCCGAUUUGCCCACCGGUACUAUGGAUGCGCGAUUUGCAUCUCAUUUGCAGACGUUCCUCACUACUCCCGCGGGUGAUGAUAUUCCAGAGGAAGCUGAACUCGAAGAUGAGGACGAACGCACCGGUGUGUACUUAGGCCGAUCCAAGGAGCGGGCCGGUUUCACUGACCUGAACUCGGCACUGGAGAACACGACGGUCUCCAAUUCCUUAGAGUGCAAAGUUAGCUGCAGUACGAGUAAGGUAUCGUACGUGCUCGACACUGAAGACGUCUUGCAUCGCGCUAAGAAGAAGAGUAAGACGAACGGUAAGGCACCGAACAAGAGGAAGUCGCUUCAGGAGAAGAACGAAAAGACGCGCUUGGCAAAGUUUCACGAGUGGGUCAAGGCCAAGGCAACCGACGGGGAAGCGGAGCCGAUGGAAACAGACGUCAAGUCUUGA